AUGCUUCAACUUGAACAACAAUUACUUCAUCAUAAUUUACUUAAUGCAGAUCAUAAUAAUAUUACUUUUAAAGUACAAUCACAAUCAUCCAGUACAAUAACUUUAUAUUCUAAUCGAACGAAUACAUUCAUUUCAUCUUCAUCAGGAAGUACUAGUAGUCAACCGGAAAUAAUCGAACCAGUUGAAUCAAUGGUACAAAAAUUACAAAAGAAAAUUGAUUCUUAA